CGACCAACAUCACUGGACCAAACCAACGAACCUAGCAAACAAGGAAGUGAGUCAAACAGUACUUGUAAAGGUGGCAAACCAUGAGAAUAAACGAAGAUACGUUACUGGAGGGGAAGAAUGUUGUGUUGGUGCCUUACAACGCAGAUCAUGUACCCAGGUACCACCAGUGGAUGGAGUCCUCUGAGCUUCAGCAGUUGACUGCUUCAGAACCUCUGACUCUGGAACAGGAGUAUGACAUGCAGAGCAGCUGGCGGGAGGAUGAUGAUAAGUGCACGUUUAUCAUCCUGGACAAGCAGCGCUGGGCGGACCCAGCGAUGCAGGAAGAGCAGUGUAUGGUGGGCGACGUCAACAUCUUCCUGACAGAUCCCAGCGACCCCUCUCUUGCCGAGCUCGAGAUAAUGAUCGCAGAGCCAUGCUACAGGGGAAAGGGCCUGGGGAAAGAGGUUACAUGGAUGAUGAUCUGCUAUGGGGUGACUAAACUGGGAAUCCAGAAGUUUGAGGCAAAAAUCGGACUGGACAACAAAGUCAGCAUCGCUAUGUUCAAAAAGUUCCACUUCCAUGAGUUGUCCGUGAGUGAGGUGUUCAAGGAGGUGACCCUGGGGCUGACCGUGGACAAGGCCAUGCGGACCAAGCUCAUGGGCGACAUGGCCUUCAUGAAGGAACAGGAGUACAGGAAGGCCCGCGAGAGCCGGCAUGAAGGGACCUUACCAAACACAUCACAUGCCUCCCUGUGAACACUGCCCGACAACUUCCUGUUUUCAAACUGGUGACUACGGUCAAAGUGAUCCCAGGUAUAUACAGCUGCAUUAGGCUACCAUUGACCUGAACUGGACACUCUUGUUUUUACUAAUUGUAUGCCCAGGAACUGUACAUACACAGGUAUGUAGGGUCCACCUCCUUCUGUAGUCCUACAUGUUUGUUGUGAUGCUGCUCUGGUCAAAGUCAGGAAGGAAGAACAUGAGUAGAUGUCCUAGACCCAAAUAUACAUUUAGACCUAAUUAUACUCUUCAUACAGGUCUGUGGCUGAGUCAGAGAACUACAUAGAAUUUUGGGACUCAUUUCAGAGGCGAGCCUACUUUUAAGAAAUGUAAAUGUGCCAAGUGUAAGUGGAGUACUUUUCAGUACUUAAGUAUUAGUUUACUGUGUCUGUAAAUGGUCACCAAGACAGAGAAUGGGAAGGUCCAUCUAGGGAUGUAUUCUCUACAGAUCUAUACUCGAUUGGGUAGAUGAUUUUCUGAGAUUCAUGGACAUCUCAUUAAUGUUUUCCACAAAUAUAUUGGAAACUGUAAACGAUUGGGCUUGGGUAAUAAAUGUUUACUAUAUAAUGCGCAUAUUAAAUUCAAGUCUUUUUUUCUUUUUUAUAACUUUG